CUAUCGAGUGCUCUAUCCAUUUGGCGAAUUGAAGGUAAACAGUCCCAUUGUACCUGUUCCUUACAAGUACGUUGGGCUGCGCUGCGUAGAGUCUGCAUUGAAAUGCACCCAGCUGGAACACAAAUGAAAUACACAGGAACUGUCAGAAGGUCUAACAGCUUUAUGAUAUAUUGCUACAGGAACUGGCUUUGAGGUAUUACAAAAAACCCUUGUGAGAGCAGCAACGCUAACAUAUUAUAAGCCAGAUCCAAGUGUGUCAUUUUAUUUCAUUCUGCUUCUUUUGGGUGUCUGACUCUACUAACAAGAGCUAUUUUUUUUUUUUUUAAAUUGAAUAAGAUAAGAUAAUAAUUUCCUAAUUGGGAGUAAAGUAAAACAUUUUAUUGAAUAGAAAUGUAGACAUACAAUGAAGUGUUGAUUUAUCAAGAAGAAUUUAUGGAAAUUUCUGUAAUUUUUAUGUUAUUUGAUAUAUAAAAUGUUUUUUCUUUUUUUAAUUAUGUAAAUAUGUUAUCCAACGCCCAUGUAUAUAUAUUGUACAUAUAAUAUUUGACUUUGGACAUUUUAUGUUGGAUUUAACAACAACAUAUCAAUAAAGAUAAAGUCCCACAGCUUUGCCUGGUGAAGGGUGGGGGGGGGGCGGUGGGUAACUUUUUAUCUGGGAGCGAACGCAAGCAAAGCUCACACAUCUCUAAUUAGCCUCAACUUAAUAGAUUUGGAUACGCUUUCCAAAUGAUUUAAUAUAAACUGUAUAAAAUAUUUAUUUUUCAAAAUAUUAAAAUAGCAAAAAAAUAUAUAAGAUAUAAAAAAAAAAAAUAUUAAAGGUUUUUAAAGGUUUAUUCAAAAAUAUUAAAUCAUUUGAAACGUUUAUCAAAAAAUAUUCAGUCGAGGUCAUUGUUGGAAAUAUCUCAGGAACUUUGUCAAAUGUUAAUCUCUGCAUAAAAUACAUCUGUUGUCAGCUCGCACUGCACACCAGAACUUAUUGAGCCUCCCUCAUCAAGAACAUAUUGAGCCUCACUCCCUUCUCGCCUUAAUAUUCCCUUAAUAAUGCUUAAUUCUUUUUUAAAAUCUAUGUCCAGCCUCUCUCCCUUCCCUCUCCCUCCCCACUCCUCAGCUACCUGACCUCUCUGAUAAGCCUGUGAUUGGACCGCACAGGGGCCUGACUGACAUUGGGAGGAGAUAUCGAAGGCCAUGCUGGGAACUUUGCCCGACAUUGAAUUUCAGGUAAGUAAAAGAUUUAUGGAAAAAUGUAUUGAGGCCUAAUGAAUAAUAGGGCAUUUUAAACAGAAAAACGCCAUUAUGCCAAAAAUGGUUGGAGUAAAGAUAAUUUUUUUUACAGGUUAAAAAUAUGCUCACAGUUUUUGCAACAAGAAUAAAAUAAAAUGACUGAAAUUUCUCUAAAGCUAAAAUAAUUAAAAUGAUCUACACAACAACGGAAGCAGCCAUCUUUACUGCCUGUUACAGGAUUUACAUAAUAUGCCCCCAAUUUAGUUGCUCCUCCCCUUUGGUGGAAGCUGAUUGGUUCUGGCAGUCUCGGAAGGUGGAGUGGGGAGAAGAAAGCUAAUCAGUUCUGCAGGUCACAGAAAACUUUAUUUGUGACUAUUUUCCAUGAUUUAGGUGUAAAAAAAAACAACUAACAUUUCUGGUGCUUUAACCAUUUAUUUGCCAAAUCAUUGAACGAUAGCGCAUGCAUGUGGCCGCAGUUCAGUGGGUUUAAUUAUGCUGUUUCAUCCUUAUGUUAUUUGCAUGCUGAUCGGAGAGUUAUCCUCUCAAUCUGUUUUGCUUCACAGUGCGAUAGAAAUCCAAUUAUUUUAUCAUGGUGCUGCAGAGUACAGAUCCUUAUUACACGGAAACACACAGAUCUGUUAGUAUCCAUCAGACUGUCAAUAUAGUUCACAGGGGAAAACUGCAAGUUCUAAAUAGAAACUCACAAUCAGAUAGUCUGGGUGAAUUUAAGGCAAUUUAUUUGUUAUUCUCCUAGAUAAAUAUAAUAAAACCUCACACAGAUAUUGCAGAUUAGUUAUCCAGCAUGGCCUUAUACGCUCUAAACAUUUAUAUUUACUACAUUAGCCAUUACUGCUCCCUUUAGAGGACUAAUCCAGUAUUCACUACCCUUUCCAUAUCACUGUUAGCCUUUACUGCUCCUACUGGAAGGCUAUUCCAGGUAUCUACUACCCUUUCUAUAUCACUGUUACUGCUCCCACUGGAAGGCUAUUCCAGGUAUCUACUACCCUUUCUAUAUCACUGUUACUGCUCCCAUUGGAAGGCUUUUCCAGGUAUCUACUACCCUUUCUGAUCACUGUUAGCCUUACCAGUGGCACAACCUAAAUAGAGAAUGCCAUGGUGCAAGAAUUAUUUUGGGCCCCCCUAAGAGGAUGGACAAAGAAGGUAUGUUCCCAUCUGUUGUACAACUUUCACAAUGCUUUAAAAGCUGGGAUUUUGAAUGUAGGGGUGUGUAUGUAGUGUUGACGUUUGAAUGAAUGGGUGUACCUGUGUGUAGUGUUGAAAUUUGAAUACUGAGACGUAAGCACAUAUACAUAUGCACUGUCACACACACACACAUAUACAGACAGACACUGACACAUCCGGAUACACAGACACACAUUUACCCACACUGGCACUGCUCUCCCUUUUCUGUGGUCUGCCCUCUGUCCCUCUCCCGUGGCUCAUUGAUAAGUUGUUUCUAUUUGGCUCUAUCUGUCUGCCUCUCCCUCUACGGUACUCUGUCUCUAUCUUUCUGUGUUUAACUCUUUGCUGUCUGUCUCUCUGUAUCUAUGUAUCUCCCUGUUUCUCUUUGUCUCUGUCUAUCGUCCUGUCUCUCUUUGAUUAUGUCUAUCUCUCUGUCUUUCUUCCUGUCUCUCUUUGGUUCUGUCUAUCUCUUUGUCUUUCUUCCUGUCUCUCUUUGGUUCUGUCUAUCUCUGUGUCUAUCUCCCUGUCUCUCUUUGGUUCUAUCUCUCUGUCUUUCUUCCUGUCUCUCUUUGGUUCUGUCUAUCUAUCUGUCUAUCUCCCUGUCUCUCUUUGUUCUGUCUAUCUCUCUGGCACUGUUUAUCUCAAUGACUCUCUUUGGUUCUGUCUAUCUCUCUGUCUGUCUCCCUGUUUCUCGUUGUCUCUGACUAUCUCCCUGGCUCUGUCUAUCCCCCUGCCUCUCUUUGGUUCUAUCUCUCUGUCUGUAUCUAUCUCACUGUCUCUUGUUGUCUCUGUCUAUCUCUUUCUCUAUCAUACUGUCUCUCUUUGUCUCUGUCUAUCUCUCUGUAUCUGUCUCCUUGUUUCUCUUUGGUUCUUUCUACCUCUCUGGUUUUGUCUAUCUCCCUGUCUCCCCUUGUCCCUGUCUAUCUCACUGUAUCUAUCACCCUGCCUCUCUUUGACUGUCUAUCUCACUGCAUCUAUAUCCAUGUCUCUCUUGUGUCUACCUCUCUGUCUCUGUCUAUCUCCCUGUUUCUCGUUGUCUUUGUUUAUCUCUAUGUCUCUGUCUAUCUCCCUGUCUCUCUUUGGUUCUGUCUAUCUCUCUGGCCCUGUCUAUGCCAGGUCCUGGGGUGCCACCUUUUGGAUUCUCAAACCCCUAAUUGAGCAGUGACACCAGGAUUGAGUAAAUCUUGGUUUUGGCAUCAAAACAUGUCAUCAGGUUUAGUGUGUGUUCAGCAUUGUGUGAAGCUGGAUUACGGGCCAUUGGAAAAUAUCAAAGGUAAAGAAAAUGAAAUAGUGAAUGGUUUCUAAUUAGAUCAGGGUAGACGCUAGUAGAAAGUAAAUGAGGAGAGAUGAGUGGCUCUUGGUCAAGGCUAAAUCUGUAGCCAAAACAGAAACAAAGCAAGUAUUAUUUUGAGAAUAGACUUUUGUUUUAUUUUCUGAGCAGCAUUCAAGGUGGACGGUAUUUACAAUGAGCGUUCAAGGUCGUCCUCUCCGCACUGACGGCUUCUGCCAUUUGGCUGCCAUUUACUGGAAUUGGAGCACUACAGUGUGAAAAUCUAAUACAAUUAAAAAUAGCUCCUAGGAUUUAGUUGUUGGGACAGAAUUAUUGCUGAGCCAAGUUAAUUCAGGGCAUCAAUGUACAUUACUCGGCAACUGAUACUCGUUACAUCUUUUGGUCUGUUUGUCAUGGCAGAAUAAAAGUGUCUGAAAGGAGAUACUUUUUAUAAAGCAUUCAUUGCAUGAUGUCAAAGAUUCCUGAUGCAAACAUGGGAUUUAGUUUUGCACUGAAGGGCAUAGAUUGAGGCAAUUACAAAAGGAAUUGAAGUGGUUGUUGAGCAUCAAGUCACCACUAGGAGGAUUUCAUUGAGGUCUGAAUGUGCUAAUGAAUUGCAAAAUUCUUUAAAAUCUACAAAUUUGACUAAACUGUUUGGUGUCAGAGUUGCAAUUACCCCCAAGUAUGACAUUUGAAAACUGCCCUCAACUCAAAUUUCCACUAUAUUAGGCUUUCAAAUUCAGAGAUUAUUGGUUUACCUGCUUCUUAUAAGUGAAAUUAACAAGUGCCAGAACUCCUGAACUUAUUGAGUCAAUUUUGAGGUGUAACAGCUAAUGUUCGUCUCCUAGGUUACCGUACAAGGAGGUCAGCUGCCACGAUCGUCGGCAAAGUUAUAAUCCCUUCUCUCCCUUCCUAGAUACCAGUGGUCCUCUGCAGUACAUACACUUGUAUGGUUUGAGCACCUCACUGAUCCUGGCAGGCUCUAUGAAACAUCUGAAGUGCUUAUAGUGUACAACUAUGAAAAGACCUGGCAGUAA